AUGGGGAGGGGAGAGUGGGCAGGUCCCCCACACGCCCUGAAAGAGGGGGCACCGGGCAGAGCGUGGGCUCACUGUGGCCGGCCCAGGUGAGCCAUGCGGUCCCAGCUGUCACUGCCCUUGUGGCUGCUUCUGCUGCUGGCCCCUCCGGGGGACCACGGCUGCCAGGAGCCGGAGCUGGAUCGGGAGCUCGUCCUGGCCAAGGUGAGGGCCCUGUUCUUGGAUGCCCUGGGUCCCCCAGCAGUGCCCCGGGAGGGUGGGAACCCCGGAAUUCGACGGCUGCCCCGAAGACACACCAUGGGGCGCAGGGUCUUGGAACCCGAGGUGGAGGAUGUCUCACAGGCCAUCCUGUUCCCAGCCACAGGCACGGGCUGUGAGGAUGAGCCGGGGGCCCAGGACGCCGAGGAGGGCCUCUUCACCUACGUGUUCCGGCCGUCCCAGCACACGCUCAGCCGCCAGGUGACCUCGGCGCAGCUGUGGUUCCACACGGGCCUGGACAGGCAGGCUGCAGCUGCCGCUGCCAAUAGCUCCGAGGAGCUGCUCGGGCUCCUGGCACUGUCGUCAGGGGGGCCUCAGGCCGUGCCCACGACCUCUGGCCGGGCACCCUCUCGCUGGGCCGUGUUGCAUCUCCCUGCCUCGGCCCUGCCCCUGCUGGCGCAGCCCGUGCUGGUACUGAUGGUGCGCUGCCCGCUCUGUCCCUGCUCGGCCAGGCCCGAGGCCACCCCCUUCCUGGUGGCCCACACCCAGGCCCGGGCGCCCAGCACGGGGGACCGUGCCCGCCGCUCCACGCUGGUGCCCUGGCCCUGGACUCCAUCAGCCCUGCGCCUGCUGCAGCGGCCGCCUGAGGAGCUGGCCCUGCACACCAACUGCCACCGCGCCGCCCUCAACAUCUCCUUCCAGGAGCUGGGCUGGGAGCGCUGGAUCGUGUACCCUCCCAGCUUUAUCUUCUACUACUGCCACGGCAGCUGCGGGCUGCCCCCGGCUCCUCCCGACCUGCCCCUGCCCGCCCCUGGGGGCGUCCCCCCAACGCCCCCCACCGGGCCGCUCUCCCUGCUGCCUGGGAUAGGGGCGCAGGCUUGCUGUGCUGCCCUCCCAGGGACCAUGAGGCCCCUGCAUGUGCGCACCACCUCAGACGGCGGCUACUCCUUCAAGUACGAGACCGUGCCCAACCUCCUCACGCAGCACUGCGCCUGCAUCUGAGAGCCUCUGUUGCCAUGCCCACGGAGGAGUGGAAGGGGGAGAGACGGCGCUCCUGCUCCUGCCCCCACCCCCGCUUCUACCUGAGGGCUGCCCCACCCCUGUAACAUGUGACCAUAAGCAAGGGCUCCCCUCCCUUCACCUCUGUAACGUGACAAUAAACAAAGGCUCCUCAUCCUUCACCCCUGUUACACGUGACAGUGAGCAAGGGCUCCUCUCCCUUCACCCCUAUAAUAUGUUAUAGCAAG